AUGGAAAACCAUGACACUCAAAGUGUUGAAGAAGAAACUGAUUUUGAAGGGACAGCUGUGAACACAGGUCCUAAAGGGGUCAUACAGGAUUGGAGAAAGUUUAAGCUUGAAAGUGAAGAUGUGGAAGCUGUGCCACCCAGUAAAAAAGAAAUCCUUCGACAAAUGUCCUCUCCAUACAAGUCACAGAAGAAAGAAGAAAAAGACACAAGAGAAAAAUUCAGUCGUAAGAUGAGCAUGCAAGAGUACGAGUUAAUAAAUGACAAAGAGGACGAGCACUGUCUCAAAAAAUACCGCAAACAAUGUAUGCAAGAUAUGCACCAAAGAUUAAGUUUUGGUCCCAAAUAUGGUUAUCUAUGUGAUCUUAAAAGUGGGGAUGAUUUUUUAGAAGCUAUAGAGAAGGAACGUAAGAGCACUACAGUAAUAGUUCACAUUUAUUCCGAUGAUAUCAAGGGUUGUGAAGCUCUGAACGGCUGUCUAACCUGUCUUGCUAUGGAGUAUCCAACGGUAAAAUUCUGCAAAAUCAAAUCAACCGAUACAGGGGCCGGGGAACGAUUCUCUAAAGACAUUCUACCAACUCUAUUGGUCUACAAAGCUGGUGAGCUCCUCAGCAACUUCAUCAGCGUCACAGAGCAUUUAAAUGAGGAUUUUUUUGCAGUGGAUGUGGAAUCAUUUCUGAAUGAGUAUGGGCUUUUGCCUGAGAGAGAAACCCAAGGAUUAGCCAGUGAUAAGAGAGAGGAAGAUAUUGAGUAG